AAAGGGGUCAGUAUAUCUAGCCCUUGUUUUGUGUGGUGCUCCAUCAUAAAGCAGCAAGGACAAAGCUUGGUUCCCAUCCAGCUACAACUAAACCAUGUCGCCCAAGAAAGCAAAGAAGAAGGCAGCAGAGGGAGCCAGUUCCAAUGUGUUCACCAUCUUUGAACAGGCCCAGAUCCAGGAGUUCAAAGAGGCUUUCACCAUCAUGGAUCAAAACAGAGACGGCUUCAUUGACAAGAAUGACCUGAGAGACACUUUUGCUGCUUUAGGACGUUUAAACGUCAAACAGGAAGAGAUUGACGACAUGCUGAAGGAGGCUCCGGGACCCAUCAAUUUUACCGUCUUUCUCACCAUGUUUGGAGAGAAACUAAAAGGUGCUGACCCAGAGGAGACCAUCCUGAAUGCUUUUAAAGUCUUCGACCCUGAGGGAACAGGGACAUUAAAGAAGGACUUUAUGACUGAGAUGCUGACGACUCAAGCCGACAGAUUCUCCGCUGAAGAGAUGGAACAGAUGUUUGUGGCAUUUCCCCCAGAUGUAGCAGGAAAUCUAGACUACAAGAACCUGGUCCACAUCAUAACACACGGUGAAGACAAAGACCAAGAAUAGAUUCGUUCACCCUGAGAUUGUGGAUCAUGUUUGCGUCCAGAUUUGUGCACAAUCACACAAACUAGAGCAGAAAUAAAAAAAAGUUGAA